UCCUCUCUCUAGCUUUCUCUGUCGGUCUCUCUCUCUCUUUCGCUCUCUCUCUCUCUCUGACGAAAAAGUGAGGACAGAUAAUCGACGAGAAACCCCAGAGAGAGAAUCACCCUCGAGAAAUUUCGAUUCAGGACCUAGAGGUGGUCUGAUCUGCAGCACUUCAAUGGCAGAGAAAGUUUGUAUUAAGCGUCUUCAGAAGGAAUAUAGAGCACUUUGCAAGGAACCAGUGUCCCAUGUUGUUGCUCGUCCUUCCCAAAAUGACAUUCUUGAGUGGCAUUAUGUAUUGGAAGGUGGUGAAGGAACACCGUUUGCAGGUGGAUUUUACUAUGGAAAGAUCAAAUUCCCCCCAGAAUACCCUUACAAGCCACCUGGAAUUACAAUGAUCACACCAAAUGGCCGGUUCAUGACACAAAAGAAAAUCUGCUUGUCUAUGAGUGAUUUUCAUCCAGAAAGCUGGAACCCGAUGUGGUCUGUGUCAAGCAUACUCACAGGACUUCUCUCAUUCAUGAUGGAUAACAGUCCCACAACCGGAAGUGUGAACACUACUGCGGUCGAGAAGCAACGGUUGGCUAAAUCAUCUCUUGCGUUUAACUGUAAGAACCCAACGUUCCGCAAACUAUUCCCGGAGUUUGUAGAGAAGUACAACCAGCAGCAACUGGCCGAGCAGAGCACUUCCCAACAGAUGCCAACGGAAGAAUCGCCCGAAAAGGAAAACGCCAAACCCAAGUCAGAGAAACUUGUCGAGCCGACGACGGAGGGAGAGGUGAACGAGAGGAGGAGGAACAAGAGACAGUCCUUGCCGACAUGGAUAAUACUAUUGCUUGUUUCUGUUUUCGGGGUUGUAAUGGCGCUUCCUCUGCUUCAACUCUGACUCUGCUCUCCAAAGAAGAACUCUUAGAGAGAAUGUGGGUAGUCCUUGUCCGAAUACUUCUUAUCAAUUGCCCAGGGUGUGCUUAUUAAAGCAAAUACUUGGUUUGAUUUUUUGCAUUUAA